AAGAGCAACCGACAGAGCAAGAAGAAGAAGAAUAGGAGCAGAGAUGGAGGAAGCAACGGGAGUAGUGAAGCACAUAAUGCUGGCCAAGUUCAGAGAUGGGAUCCCGCCUCACCGAGUCGAAGAGCUCAUCAAGGGCUACGCUAAUCUCGUUAAUCUCAUCGAACCCAUGAAGGCCUUUCAAUGGGGCAGGGAUGUGAGCAUCGAGCACCUGCACCAAGGCUUCACACAUGUGUUCGAGUCGACAUUUGAGAGCACAGAGGGUGUAGCAGAGUACUUACCUCACCCUGAACAUGUCAAGUUCGCGAUGCACUUCCUCCCCUCCUUGGAGAAGGUCAUAGUGGUCGACUACAAGCCCACGACCGUCCGGUUUUGAGCUAGGAAAAGCGAUCUAGUAUAGUAAUAAUUUCCGAUUUCUGCUACGAAAAUCUGUUGCGGUCUUCAAAUAAUAGUUUGCCCCGUAUGGCGACUAAUGAUGCCUAUGUUCAAUAAAAUUUGCGUCCAAUCGUUUCUUUCGCCCUA